GUUAAAGAGGUAGCCCGAAUUGUAUGUCAUCUCUUUCUAUCGAUGUCGGCUCCGAACCUCACUCUCUCUAUCAUUCCGCGUUGUUACCGGCAACGAUCAAAUAUGCCGGAACAAGGCGGAGUUUAGAUUGGCGACGAGAGGACGCGCGCGUGUCACGUUGUCAACACUGCGUGCUCGAUUGUUAAGACCGUGGCCAUCGAUCGACGAGUACGCUCUGGCCCACGGAUAAUAUACUAUAUUAUUAUCUAUAUCAACUGCGCACCUGCCCCACCCCACGAUAGUGUAGGAAAUCAAAUAAUUUCUGUUGUAUUUGUUUUAGUGUUCGAGCGGCAAUAUGGCGUUUUCAAUUUUUGAAUAUGCGCAGUAAUUUGAUUCGCCGUCAUUUAAAUAGAUCGCAGCGACCGUACACUUGGUAACUGGUUUAGAGCAGAUUUGUUAACAAUCAACUAUAUAGUGUUAUAUUUUGAUCGUUGCUGAUUAACAAUGGACGGAAACACUAGAAACAACUCUUGGAAUAGGUUCCUUGAAGAAAAUGUAACAAGAGCAUCGGUCAAAAUUAAACAAGAAGAUGAAGAACAUAUGUUAGAUAUGCCAAGUGAUAAAAUUAAACAAGAAGAUGAAGAAUAUAUGUUAGAUAUGCCAAGUGUUUCAGAACAAUCUGCACUGCCAAGUGUUCCGGAACAACCUGCACAGCUACCUGUGACUUUAUUUGUCAUAGGUUUUGAGUGUGCCAUGUGCCAUGAAAAAGUUAUGGAGAUACGCUCGUUUCCAUGUGAGCACUCAGUCUGUGUAAGUUGUGCCCCAACACAGUGUUCCGUAGCCUGCAGAAAAUCGUUCCUAGACAUAAUAAAAGACAAUCCUGAUUUGUAUGAUAAAGUUUCAGCUGGAUACCAAUUGUCUGGUGGCGAAUUAUUGCGGAUGGUGGUAUCAAAAAAUUGUCCUAAGAAAAAACGCCGUUCUUCAUUGGAUUAAAGAACUAUCAAUUUAUUCAAAUAAACGAAAACAGAAGAAAAGUCUGUAUUAAUGAUGUGAACAGUUAUUUUCUUAAAAAGAAUUACUACUGCACACCA